UAAUUUGGGGGGUAGCUAAUCUGUGUGUGUGUGUGUUGCAGAGAUCUGCAGGAGCUUAAUCCUCCGGAGAACGAGAAGGCGGCGCUGCAGUUCGCCUCCUGGGGGCCGCAGGGGAACCAGCUGGCCUUCGUGUUUGAUGGAGAUAUUUACUACCAGCCGAGCGUGUCCAGCAGGGCGCUGCGGCUCACCGACUCCGAGCCCGAGCAGAACCUGCGGAACGGACUCUCCGACUGGACCUACGAGGAGGAGGUACUGCUGUCGUACGCCGCUCACUGGUGGUCGAUGGACGGAGCUCGGCUGGCGUACCUCACCAUCAACAACACGGCCACCCCCGUGAUGGAGAUCCCCCGGUUCCUAGGGGGGCUCUACCCCUCCAACAUGGUCUUCCCCUACCCCAAGGCUGGCUCCGGCAUCCCGUCCGUCAGCCUGUUCGUGGUGAAUCUGUACGGCCCGGCUCACACCCUGGAGAUGAUUCCUCCAGACGCCCUCAGAGCCAGAGAGAGCUACAUCUCCAUGGUGUCCUGGAUCAGCAGCACCCGCCUCGCCGUGCGCUUCCUGAACCGGGUCCAGAACCAGUCGGUGCUGUGUGUGUGUGAGGCCACCACCGGAGCCUGCUCAGAGAAACACAAAAUGGCCAUGGACAUAAUGCAGAACCAGCGACAGGACGUGCCGUUGUUUUCUUCGGACGCCUCUAUGUUUUACUCGAUCCUCCCGGCGAAGCAGGGGGCUCGGGGGGAGUUCCUCCACGUGGCCGCUCUCUCAGCACAGGCGGCCGUCCCCUCCAUCCCGCCUCGUUUCCUGACGUCGGGCAGCUGGGAUGUCUCUUCGCUCUGCGCUCUGGACGAGGAGGCCGGGAAGCUAUAUUUCCUGAGCGCAGAGGAGUCCAGACAGAGCCGACACCUGUACAGUGUGGAAGUGGACGGAGAGUUUGAGCGCCGCUGUCUCUCCUGUAAUCUCAUCGAUGGGUGUCGCUUCUUCUCAGCUGAAUUCAGCCCCAACCAGACACACUUCACCCUGUACUGCAGAGGACCAGGAAUCCCUAAAGUGACAGUUCACAGCACAACGGACCCCUACAGGUUCGUGGUGCUGGAGGACAACAGUCCUCUGUCUGCAGCUCUGCAGGACAAGAGGCUUCCUGAGACUCUGUUCAGGACCGUCUCUGCAGAAAACCACGACCUGCACCUGAAGCUCUCCCUCCCUCAGGGCUACGAGGCCAACCUGCACCCCCUCCUCUUCAUGGUGGACGGAGAGCCGGGUCAGGCAGUGACGGAGGAGUUCUCCAUGGACUGGCCCCAGGUGCUCUCCGGGGCCCACGGCGUUGCUCUGGCCUGGGUGGAGGGCCGCAGCGGGGGGGGCCGAGGACAGAAGAGCCCCUCCCUGGAUCCUCGCAAGCUGGGCUCCAUCAGAGUGAAGGACUACCUCUCAGUGGUGGAGCUGCUGAGGAAGCUGCCGUACAUCGAUGAUCGCCGGAUCGUUCUCUACGGAAAGGCGUUUGGUGGAUAUUUGUCUCUGAAGAUGUUAGCAGCGACGGAGAAUCUGUUCCAGUGCACGGCGGCCGUCGCUCCCAUCACAGACUUCAGGCUCUACAGCGCUGCGUUCUCAGAGAGGUAUCUGGGUCUCCCAGCGAAGGAGGAGCACGCAUACUCGACGGCCUCUCUGCUGGAGGAGGUGAACAAGUUGAAGGACGAGAACUUCCUGAUCCUGCACGGGACUGCAGACGCGAGGGUUCACUUCCAGCACAGCGCGGAGCUGCUGAGCCGGCUGGUGAAGGUGGAGGCGAACUACUCCCUGCAGCUGUACCCGGAUGAGGGCCACGUCCUGAGGGCCCCGCGCAGCAUCCAGCACUACCAGAGGACGCUGGUGAACUACCUGCACAGCUGCCUGCAGAACAGUGCCCUCCUGCAGCCUGCGGAGGAGGAGGAGGAUGAGGAAGAGGAGGACUGAGCCUGGGGGAAGGACUAUCUCUGGACUGGAUGUCACUUUAUGCAUCACUUUGGGAUUAUCUACUGAGCGGGGACCAAACACAUCCGAUCAGCUCCUGCAGACCUGCGGAGUCUGUACCGUUUACCUUGUUGCACACGUUGUUUCUGCUGUUUUACUCUUUGUGUCGGGCCAUGGUCGUUUACAAAACCCACUUCUGAGGAGGAUUCUGGUUCUGCCAAAGGUUUACAUUUUAAAGCGUGCAUGUCGUAACGGCUGCAUGACGUGGAGCAGUUUACAUUUUCUGUGUUUCGCAGAUCUGAGUUUCAACCAUCAGGAGGAAAAGUGCAGACUAUGCCAACAGCCGGGAACACACAGGAAGACCUAAAUACCAUUUUUUAAAUGUACCCUUAUUUUACCAGGAAUAUUACCAUAUUUAGAUUAAAACCCCUCAUUUAUUCAUUUAUAUAUUAUAGAUAUAUACAUUUUUACCUUUGUAUUAUCGCUAAAUAUUUCCAUAUUCCUCAGACUCCAUGUUUCCUUCAAUAAAUAUGUUAUCUUUAUUUCUAAUAAAUCUGAAAACUGGAAUUCCUUAUUUAUUUUACUUUUUAUUCUAUUUUUUUAUUCUUUAUUUUUAUUAAAUGUUACAACCUUUUUAGAUUAUUUAAAAUUGUAUUUAUCUAACAUGAAUAUAGCCUAUAUUCCUACGUGUUUAAACCCCUUUUUAUUUAUUUGACCUUUACCUUCUUACCUAUAAUAGAAACCUAAAACCAACCAGAAGUUCUUUAAAAUAGGACUAAAAGUCAGUCAUUAAAACUGUUAUAAUGUAGACUUUCAUCUUAGCUCUUAAGUAAGGUGUGAUCUGACGCCAACGCUCACUGUCCGUGGAAAACGUUCCAUUAUCUUUAAGUUAAGUCUAUAUUAUUUCUUAUAUGACAUUUCAUACACAGGUAAACUGAAGGUGCUUCACAGAAACACAUCAGAAAUAUGAGAUUCUCAACUCCAUUUCUUUAUUGUAAAAUCAUUGUUAUUUUGGGUCUUCUACACCGUGUGUCCCCGGCUUGGAUAAAGUGAAAUGUGCCAUUUUCUGGUUGCUUUAGCAUUUCUUGCAUCAUGUGAUUAAGAAUGGAACUGUGAAUAUUUACACCUCGAGCUCUGACUGCACCUACGGUUCUGUAGGUCGGUCUGUUGGAACGUUUGGCUUUCGGAUCAUUUGUUUCUCGUGUGUUGCAGAAUUUAAUCAUAUCUUUGGUCAAACUGAAUUUAUAGUCUACAGUGGUAGUGGGCGACAGACUUGAACCUCAAACUGGGAAACUGCAUGACGUUGGAUGAAUCGAUUGCCCUGACUCUCUGACAGGUCUCUCCUUUUUUUCCAACAAACCUUGACAAUAAAG